AAACAAAAGAUGAUGAUCAAAACUAAAUGUUGCAUAGGAAAAACGAUAAAGAAAACAAACAAACCACCUCUUACCACCUAUUGGAAACUAUAGGUCUCGAGAUGUUUUUUAAAGUUACCUACACAGAAAACACGUCUGGCUAUUUUAAGAGAGCAGUUUGUGUUUGUUCUGAGACAGUUUGUUCCGAGUAGAGGACGUCAGGUUUCUACUAGUUAAUCUAACAUAGAAAUUAUGGUAUUUUCAUUAAAAUAUUUUUAAGUUCAAACAAUUAUUUAUGGUGGAUUCUGAUCUAGAUGGAGUUUUAAAGUAAAAAUAUUGAGAUUAGUGUUUUUAUUUGUCCUAAGUAAAUGUAUGAUCAUGUCCAAAACUUAUCUGGAGUAUAAGACAGGAAACCUUCUCAGCCUGUCCAUCAUAUCUGGACAGAAAUAUCUAUUAUAACCAUUAAUAUUUACAGAGCAGCAAUUAUCUUUCUAUCGUGUUUGAUGCGUGUAAUUUCCAGUCAGAAUAAAGGAAAAAAUAUCUUCCAAUAGAAAACGUGUUAUAACUUUUUUUUUAAGUUAUGCUGCUCUGAUCAAUUUACCAAUACAAGCGGUUUAUGUGACGUAAUGGCGAGUUACAUCUCACUUUUCUAACACAAGAUGUAAAACAGUGGCCACGGUGUUGGUAGUACUGUUAAAUAAGAUACUGACAACGGUUAUGUCCGGAGGCUGGUCUGUCAUCUCUCCCUCUCUUCCUUUCAUAAACUGACGUUCUGUCAAGUUUGAAAAUCUCCUCAACGUGUCCCACUUCUGUUGCAUUCACUAAAACCAAACGAACAAGUUAUCCAGACAGCCGCGGGCUAUAUCACUUCUUUUUCGUAGGGUUUGCCUAUUUAAAAAUGGAAAUUUAUUCUCUGUCAAGACCCUCCGUGAGAAAAUUUAAUUCACGAGAAAGAAAAUAAGUUUGCUCUCCGGGAGGCAGAAAAAUGUGACGUCUGCUGAAACCCGACAUGAGGCGCGCGAGCAGGGACAUGUGAGACGCGCCGCCCCUCCGCGAGGGGUUGGUUCAGCCAUUCCUCAGCUCUCCCUCUUUAGACACCCCGGCCCAGACUGAACACACACCAGCAGCUCGGCUCAGGUAGGAGAACCAUGUCGUACGCGAAGUUUGCCUCGUCUCUCGUGCGUGCGAAGCAGGGCACCAUCACGAAAAUACGCCUUUCACCUGCGAGAUGUCGGUCAGCCGUAGCAUCCCCCAAGAGUCAGGAAGAGAAGAGGCACAUCGACGGCUGUCCCGUGGUGGAAACUGAGCCGGUCGAACUCAUCAGCCAGAGCAAAAAUAUGAAAAUCCCGCGGCUGAAUAGAAUAAAAAUCGACUUCGACAACACAGAGGAAGCCUACAAAAGCAAAGGGAACGUCGAACUACUCCGAAGUCUGCUCGUCUUCAAGCUCUGCACGAUUGAUUUCCUCGUUGAAAAAAACAAAGAGUUGAUGGACCUGAGCAGGAAGCUGCUGGGUCAGCGCUUCUUUGAGAAGCUGAUGAAGAUGACCUUCUACGGGCAGUUUGUGGCGGGCGAAGAUCACAACGCCAUCAAACCCUUGAUUCAGAAGAAUCAGGCCUUCGGUGUGGGGGCAGUUUUGGACUACAGCGUGGAAGAAGAUCUGACACAAGAAGAGGCCGAGAAGAAGGAAAUGGACUCCUGUGUCUCUGAGGCAGAGAAGGAAAGUGCAGGUGAUGGUCAUCGGGAGAAGAAGUACAAGGCUCAUCGUCAGUUCGGGGACCGGCGUGGGGGAGUCAUCAGUGCUCGCACCUACUUCUAUGCAGAUGAGUCCAAAUGUGACAACCAAAUGGAAACAUUCAUAAACUGCAUUAAAGCCUCAGGUGGAGCUUCCACUGACGGAUUUUCUGCCAUCAAAAUGACGGCGUUGGGACGGCCGCAGUUUCUUCUCCAGUUUUCAGAAGUUCUGGUAAAAUGGAGACAGUUUUUCAACUUCCUUGCAGAGCAGCAGGGUAAAUCUGACAUGACAGUUCUGGAACAGAGGCUGGAACUGGAGCAGCUGAAGGACAGUUUGGCUGAACUGGGCGUUGGAGCCAAAGACGACAUUGAGAACUGGUUCACAGGAGAGAAGCUGGGGGUGUCAGGAACAAUAGAUCUGCUGGACUGGAACAGCUUGAUAAAUGACACAACAAAAAUGUCCAAUCUGCUUAUGGUACCUAACAUUGAGACAGGCCAUCUGGAGCCUUUGUUGAACAAAUUUACAUCUGAGGAGGAGAGCCAGAUGAAGAGAAUGCUGCAGAGAGUGGAUAUUUUGGCAAAGCACGCCUUGGAGAACGGGGUGAGGCUGAUGGUGGAUGCUGAGCAGACGUACUUCCAGCCAGCCAUUAGUCGACUGGCCCUGGAGAUGCAGAGGAAAUUCAACAGAGAAAAACCAGUGAUUUUCAACACAUAUCAGUGUUAUCUUAAGGAGGCCUAUGACAACGUGACUGUGGACGUCGAGCUCUCUCGUAGAGAGGGUUGGUACUUCGGUGCCAAACUUGUUCGUGGUGCUUACAUGUACCAAGAGAGGGCCAGGGCCCAGGAGAUUGGCUAUGAGGAUCCAAUAAACCCAGACUAUGAGGCCACUAACAGGAUGUAUCAUAAGUGUUUGGAGUAUGUGCUGGAGGAGAUCGAACACAGCAGAAAAGCAAAUGUCAUGGUUGCAUCUCACAACGAGGACACAGUGAAGUUCACUCUUGAAAAGAUGAACGAGAUGGGUCUCUCACCCACCGAGAAUAAAGUUUACUUUGGACAGCUGCUCGGGAUGUGUGACCAGAUCAGCUUCCCGCUCGGACAAGCUGGUUUUCCGGUCUACAAGUAUGUUCCUUAUGGCCCUGUCAACGAGGUGAUUCCAUAUCUGUCUCGUCGGGCUCAAGAAAACCGUGGCUUCAUGAAAGGGUCUCAGAGGGAGCGCAGCCUGCUGUGGAAGGAGCUGAAGAGAAGGCUGCUGGGUGGCCAGAUUAUAUACAAACCUGUCUACUGAGUGACCAGUCCACAACAAAGGGACUGAAAUCAAUCUGUAACCAUUCCAAUUUAUAUAAUGUACCACUGACUGCUAGCUGCUUUUUGUAUAGUAAGGCUGAGGUCUUUCCUUUGGUUUUUUAGGUGGGAUUUUUUAAAGAAAACUGUAUAUUUUACUGACAAGUAUUUCAGGGAUGGGUUGUGGGACGAGGUUUUUUUGGCUUUUAGGCACUGAUGGAAUAAAGAGGUUUUGAAAGCACAGCCAGGAGACAUUGCAGCAUUACACACACUGCAUAAGGUGAUAAUUGAGAUUUUUGUCCAAUUCAGAGUUUAUUUAGCAUAGAAUUGACCACAAUCAUCUUCAUAAUUAAUUAAUGAAAAGAGAGGAACAUUUCUAUAUUAUUGUGUUUUUUUGUUGUUGUUGUGUGUUUUUAGAAAAUUGCCUAUUUAUGUCUUCAGAUGGUCAUAUAUUGAUAGUAGAAGAAGUGUAUGUUUGAUCCCCGAAAGUGGCUUAGUUGUACAUAAGAAGUGUGUCCUUUUAAAAAGGAUUUCUUUCCCCCUAAGUAGCUCUCACUUAAAGUGCCUUAUCCGAGUUAUUUAUUCCAGAUUAGCUGGAAGCAAAGAACGUUUUACAGCCUGUUCCUCUGACUGUAGACCUUGCAUUGAUUUUAUCCGUAUCUGUUAUCCGUUCUACAUAAGCAGAUCAUUUUCUAAAGUAAAUACUCUUUAUGGUUUUGUUUUUUAUAUCCAUGAUAUCCAUCAUGCUCCUUACCCAUCGACAGGAAACUGCUUAAAUGAAAGUCCAAAGAGUGAUUUCAGUGUGAUCCACGAUAGGAAUCAUUCAUCCUUGUCGUGCUGUAGUUGUUGAUCAAGCAGCUCUCUGUGGAAGAAAGGCCAUUUAUCUUUCAGAGAACAGCAGUGGUUCAAAGCUGGACGGUACAAAUUAUUAAUUAUCCAAAAUGUUCUGAUAACAUUUUUAUGGGUAACAACGGAAGUUUUCUUAGAAACGUCACUCUUCUGAAAGAAAUUGCCCUGUUUCAUAAUGCACUCUGCAGGUGAACAUAUUUGCUUUUCUGGUGGAGACAGACAGUUAUAUGGAUGUGUGUGAUUUCUUUUUUUUUCAUAUGUGCUGUGUGAUAUUGAGUCUUUGUAGGUUUUUUUUUCCUUCCACCCUGAAAUGCUGUGAUUGGUUGAAUCAGAAAAACUGGACCGAUGCAUUUUUUGAUUGCAUUAAAUCCACUUCAGAAAGUGUCAAAUUAAUCUGGGAUCUGAUUUCAAUGUAUGAUGAUCAAUAUGAUCAAUAUAUGAUGUUUUUAUGGCGAUGGAUUGGCCGACCGACCAGGGUGGACCCCGCCUCUCGCCCAUUGACCACUGGGAUUGGCUCCAUU